AUGGGUCACUCUUACGGAAAGCGAGCGGGCACCCGAUAUGCCUUCAGCAGGGACUUCCGCCAAAAGGGCAUGAUCGCCCUGAACACCUACCUGAAGGUGUAUCACGUCGGUGACAUUGUCGACAUCAAGGCCAACGGUGCUGUCCAGAAGGGUAUGCCCUACAAGGUCUACCACGGCAAGACUGGCGUUAUCUACAACGUCACCAAGAGCGCCGUCGGCAUCAUCAUCUACAAGAAGGUCAAGCACCGCUACAUCGAGAAGCGCAUCAACGUCCGAAUCGAGCACAUCCAGCCCUCUCGAUCCCGUGAGGACUUCAUCAAGCGAGUCAAGGCGAACGCGGCCGCCAAGAAGCAGGCCAGAGCCGAUGGCGUUACCGUCCAGGUUAAGCGACAGCCUGCUCUCCCCCGGGAUGCCGUCACAGUCUCUCUGACUGACAACCCUCCUGAGACUGUUGUCCCUCUGGCAUACGAAACCACUAUUUAA